AAUAUGCGAUUCAGAGUAGAACUAAAGAAGACAGAUACGAAGCUCAAAUAAACGAUAUAUGUGUUGCAAUACUUUCAUAUUGUAGUUUAUCACACCAAUAAAUAAUUGCUGAUAUACAAAUUGAUUAAAUAAAUUACAAAAAAGUGUACAAAGUUUUAAAAAAAUCAUGUCGCAUAAUUACAUUGUGACAGCACAAAAACCAACUGCAGUUACAGCAUGUGUUACAGGCAAUUUCACAUCGGAAGAUGACUUGAAUUUAAUUGUAGCGAAAAAUUCGCGCCUCGAAAUCUAUUUGGUGACGCCAGAAGGCCUGCGUCCAUUGAAAGAAGUUGGCGUUUAUGGUAAAAUAGCAGUUCUCAAACAUUUUCGACCGGCCGGUGAAAAAAGAGAUCGACUGUUUGUGCUCACGCAACGAUACAAUGCUAUGAUAUUGGAAUGUCAAUCAAAUGGUGACGAUAUUGAAAUUGUAACCAAAGCACAUGGAAAUGUAGCCGAUAGAGUUGGUAAAAAAGCUGAAACCGGCAUAUUGGCGGUUAUCGAUCCGAAAGCCCGAGUCAUUGGAUUGCGUUUGUAUGAGGGGCUAUUUAAAAUUAUUCCGUUAGACAAAGACACGGCCGAAUUGAAAGCAACUAGUUUAAGAAUGGAAGAAUUGGCCGUACAAGAUGUUGAAUUUUUAUACGGAUGUUCAAAUCCCACGCUAAUCGUCAUACAUCAAGAUAUCAAUGGACGACAUAUUAAAACACAUGAAAUUAAUUUGCGCGACAAAGAGUUUAUGAAAGUUGCCUGGAAACAAGACAACGUUGAAACCGAAGCGACAAUGUUAAUUCCGGUACCGUCUCCAUUGGGUGGUGCCAUUGUUAUUGGACAAGAGUCAGUUGUUUAUCAUGACGGCAAUUGUUAUUUGGCCGUUGCACCAGCAAUUAUAAAGCAAAGUUCAAUAAAUUGCUAUGCGCGUGUGGAUAGUCAUGGCUUUCGUUAUUUGCUUGGAAAUAUGAGCGGAAAAUUAUUCAUGCUAUUUUUGGAAAGUGAUGAGAGACCGAAUGGAGAUCUGUAUGUGAAAGAUUUGAAAGUUGAACUACUUGGCGAAAUAUCAAUUCCCGAAUGCAUUACGUACUUAGACAAUGGCGUACUGUUUAUUGGCUCUCGUCAUGGUGACUCACAACUUGUUAAAUUGAGUACAACAGCCAACGAGAAUGAAUCAUAUGUCAUUCCAAUGGAAACGUUUACAAAUCUCGGACCGAUAUUAGAUAUUUGCGUUGUGGAUUUGGAACGUCAAGGUCAAGGACAAAUGAUUACUUGCUCUGGAUCAUUCAAAGAAGGUUCAUUGCGAAUCAUUCGAAAUGGAAUUGGCAUUCAAGAGCAUGCAUGCAUCGAUUUGCCAGGUAUAAAAGGAAUGUGGGCAUUGAAACUUGGCAUUGAAGACUCAUUGUAUGAUAACACUCUAGUGUUGGCAUUUGUUGGCCACACUCGCAUCCUCACAUUGACAAAUGAAGAAGUUGAAGAGACCGAAGUUAUUGGGUUUUUGAGUGAUCGACAAACCUUCUACUGUGGUAAUGUUGCUCACAAUCAAAUCAUUCAAAUUACCUCAUCAUCGGCCCGGCUCAUUCAAACACAGUCUGGUGUUUUGGUUAACGAAUGGAAGCCAAGCGAUGAUGGUCGUAUUAGUGUUGUGGCAUGUAAUGAUUCGCAGCUGGUAUGUGCCUCGGCUUGUGAUGUGUAUUACAUUGAAAUUAUGGAUGGUGAAUUGAUUCAACGAUCUCACACAACAUUACCUCAUGAAGUGGCUUGUUUGGACAUAUCACUAUUAGAUACAAAAAUGGAUAAGGCCAAUUUUAUUGCUGUUGGUCUGUGGACUGACAUUUCGGUGACCAUUUUGAAGGUUCCAACGUUGGAAGUUUUGAACAACGAAAAAUUGGGCGGUGAAAUGAUACCCAGGUCCAUUUUAAUGGCUAAUUUUGAAGGCAUCAACUAUUUGCUUUGCGCUUUGGGUGAUGGUUCCAUGUACUAUUUCACAUUGAAUGCACUCGACGCAGUGCUAAAAGAUAAGAAAAAAGUUACGCUCGGUACACAACCGACCAUACUGAAAACGUUCCGAUCAUUGUCGACGACAAAUGUAUUUGCCUGUUCCGAUCGACCAACUGUCAUUUAUUCGUCAAAUCAUAAACUAGUUUUUUCGAAUGUUAAUUUAAAAGAAGUAAAUCACAUGUGCUCAUUGAAUGCACAAGCAUAUCCAGACAGUUUGGCAUUGGCAACAAAAAACUCCGUCAUUUUGGGUACAAUCGAUGAAAUACAAAAGUUACACAUUCGAACAGUGCCACUGGGUGAAUCACCGCGACGCAUUGCCUAUCAAGAGAGUUCACAAACUUUUGGUGUAAUCACAUCUCGGAUUGAUGUUCAAGACGGAUCUGGUCUAACUCCACUACGUCCAAGUGCAUCAACACAAACCCAAAAUAUCACAACCUCCAGUAAUAUGACACUAAUGAAACCAGGCGCUGGUCUAUCGAACGUAAACAAUGAAUUUGGCCACGAAGUGGAAAUUUACAAUUUGCUAAUCAUUGAUCAAAAUACGUUUGAAGUCUUACAUGCCCAUCACUUCAUGCAAACGGAAUAUGUCCUGUCAAUUAUUUCGGCUCGAUUAGGAGAAGACCCAAAUACAUAUUUUGUGAUUGGCACAGCACUGGUCAAUCCCGAUGAAACCGAACCAAAAGUAUGUCAUUCACGUGAUAUUUACUCUUUCGCUUCUACACACAGAGAAUGUGGUCGAAUCAUCGUUUAUAAUUUUGCGGAUGGAAAACUAACACAAGUGUGCGACAAAGAGGUGAAGGGUGCCGUUUAUUCACUUGUAGAAUUCAAUGGAAAAGUAUUAGCAAGCAUCAACAGUACGGUGAGGCUAUUUGAAUGGACUUCCGACAAAGAUCUUCGAUUAGAAUGCAGCCACUUCAAUAAUAUCAUCGCAUUGUAUGUUAAAACAAAAGGUGACUUUAUUUUGGUGGGCGAUUUGAUGCGAUCGAUUACGUUAUUGCAACACAAACAAAUGGAGGGCAGUUUCGAAGAAAUUUCACGUGAUUAUGAGCCAAAAUGGAUGACUGCUGUCGAAAUCAUUGACGAUGAAACAUUUUUAGGCGCGGAAAAUGAGUUAAAUUUAAUUGUUUGCCAAAAAGACAGUGCUGCCACAACCGACGAGGAACGUCAGCAGAUGCCCGAAGUGGCUCAUUAUCAUUUGGGUGAUAUGGUGAAUGUGUUUCGUCAUGGUUCUUUGGUAAUGCAAAAUGUUGGCGAGAAAACAACACCAACCCUUGGAUGCAUUCUCUAUGGCACCGUAAGCGGAGCGAUAGGCUUGGUCACUCAAAUACCACCCGAUUUCUAUGAAAUGUUGCGUUCACUCGAAGGCCGUUUAGCAACCACCAUCAAGAGUGUAGGAAAGAUCGAGCAUUCAUUUUAUCGCAGUUAUUACACCGAUGUCAAGCUAGAACCGUGCGAAGGAUUCAUUGAUGGCGAUUUGGUUGAAAGCUUUUUGGAUUUGAACCGAGAAAAAAUGACUGAAUGUAUUGCGGGGAUGGAAAUUGCCAAUGGAUCGAAUGGACCGAAAGAGGCAACAGUGGACGAUGUCAUCAAAAUUGUGGAAGAUUUGACGAGAAUUCAUUAGAACUAAUUGAAAACCCGAAUUUUCGAAACUAUUUAUGUUUACGUUUUAAACGUACAUAAAAAAUAAUUGUCAAGCAACUCUAUCGUUUCAAUUCGGAAACUAGUUUACAUACAACAACUACUUUACAUUUUUUUUAAUUUCCCAUU